AACUGCUACGUCCCCCCCCUCUCUCUCCCUCGCUCAGGGCCACAGUAGAACAGAUUCUUAGGCUCGGCGGUAACCCAUUCGGAUAAACGACGCCAGGCACAUAAGCAGAGCAUGUCAGUGUCUCCGCAUACUGGAAACAGCUAUCUCGGGCGGGCAGUACGUGGACCAUCUCGUUCCCUCGCUCACUUGCAUGGACCAACGUGGCUUGUUCUCCCCAUGCUUUCCCUGUUUCUUGCAUGGAUCGUUGCCACAAUAUAGGCACCACUGUCAUUGAGCGAGAGAGUCAGUUGUACCACGGAGCACACCGGCUGACAACCAAGCCUGAUGGGUCGUAAUAGAUUUAAUGGGGCGAGUGUGAUGGUCUGCUACCGACUGCUGCUGGGAAGAUGGAAGGGAUCAUUCCCCUCCCCUGAGGAGUCGUCCCCAGUAGAGUUGAUGUCCUUUUCUGCCGUCAAGAUAUAUCCAGUAGCACAAGAGUGUCAGAGGGUCUCCAUGAGGUCCAAAUGCAUGCAUCCGGCCACCCUCCCUUCCCUUUAUAUACCCCGACCCAGCUUCUCUCCCACAGCACACACACCCCCCUCCGAGUGUAAAGAGAGCAGCAGCGGCUGCCCCCCCACCCCCCCACCCCAAGCAGAGCAGGGAAGACGGUAACACCAUGUCUUCGAUCACUCCCAAUUCUUCUGCCUUCGCAGCUGCUGCUGCUGCUGCUGUGACCAUUGUAUCCAAGUGCACGGUGUGCCCCGACAGCGACUCCUCCCUCGGCGGUCUCCCGCUCUCCGUCUCCGACCUCCCCAUGCUGUCUUGCCACUACAUCCAGAAGGGACUCUUCUUCCCCUCUCCCCAGAUGCCCAUUGCCUCGCUGGUCUCCCUCCUCACCUCCUCCCUCUCCGGCGCGCUGUCCCUCUUCCCCCCCCUGGCCGGCCGCCUCUCCACCCUACCCGACGGUCGCAUCCUCGUCUCCUGCAAUGACGCUGGCGUCGAAUUUGCCUACGCCACCGCCUACUCGCUCACCCUCCCCGACCUCCUCCCCCCCUCCUCCGAUGUGCCGGCGGCGGUCAAGUCGCUCUUCCCCCUCGACGGCGCCAUCAGCUUCCACGGCCAUUUCCGCCCGCUCGCCUCUUUCCAGCUCACCGAGCUCGCGGACGGCGCCGUGUUCCUCGGCGCGGCCGUCAACCACGCCGUCGUCGAUGGGACCUCGUUCUGGAACUUCUUCAACGCGUGGGCGGAGCUCUGCCGCCGCGGCUCCCCCUCGCCGCCAGACUUUCGCCGAAACUACUUCGGCGACUCUAAGGCGGUGCUUCGGUUCCCCGGCGGACGCGGCCCCGAGGUGACGUUUCCGGUGGACGCGCCGCUUCGAGAGCGGAUCUUCCGCUUAAGCCGGGAGGCCAUUUUCGAGCUCAAAUCGAGGGCCAACGACGGCUUCGCAAACGUCGCGGCCGUCGGUGAUCCCAACGCCGAGAUAUAUGGCAAGCAAGUCCACGACCCGAAGGCGGUGAUGGCGUACAAAGAGGAGCAGAUCUCUUCCUUCCAGUCACUGUGCGCCCACGUGUGGCGGUCCGUGACGCGGGCUCGGAAGCAGCUGCCGCCGGAGGCGAUGACGACGUUCCGGAUGGCGGUGAACUGCCGGCACCGGGUGGAGCCCCAGGUGGCGCCCGACUACUUCGGGAACGCGAUCCAGAGCAUCCCAACGACGGCGGCGGUGAGGGAGGUGGUGGGGCGGGACCUCCGCUGGGCGGCGGGGCUGCUGCACCGCAACGUGGCGUCGCAUGGAAACGAGACGAUCCGACGUGGUGUGGCGGUGUGGGAGGCGGCGCCGCGGUGCUUCCCACUGGGGAACCCGGACGGGGCGGGAUUGACGAUGGGCAGCUCCCACCGGUUCCCCAUGUACGAGGGAAACGACUUCGGGUGGGGCCUCCCGGCGGCCGUUCGGAGCGGCAGGGCGAACAAGUUCGACGGGAAGAUGUCGGCGUUCCCUGGUAGGGAGGGCGGGGGUAGCGUGGAGUUGGAGGUGUGCCUGGCGCCGGAGACCAUGGAAGCGCUCCUCCGUGACGAGGAGUUCAUGAGCUACGUCACGGAGUAGAGCGGCUGCGGCGGAGGCAGCAGCAGCGACGAAGCCGUCGCACCGUCUCACCGUCCCGCGUCGGGGCCAGAAACUGUCGAUCAACUGCUCCACGUUAUAUCCACACGUCCGCUGUUUUAACUCGUUCCCCGUCUUGGCAUUUUGUUUGCUCUCCAGCAAGUGUCUGGGGCUUAGUGUGUUGCUUCUGCUGCUGCUGCUGUGUCGGUUGGGUUCCCUCAAGUCUAAUCUCGAGUUGGUCCGCGUCCUCUUCCGGUAUAAUUUGUUAUGUAUGUCGAAGCUUAUCCUCUUCUUCUUCUU